CUCCACCCCUCCGAUUCCACUUCAUUUUUCCAAUGAGCUUCAGCUCUCGAAUCACCCGAAACAAAGUGACACCUCAUCCCUCCAGCAAGCCGCCAAGAUGGGGGAAGUAAAAACGCCCAGACAAUGGUUCUUGUGGAGUAUUGCACUUAUUUACGUGUGUGCUUUUGCAUCCAUCUACGUUCAAAUACCAGGUUUGUAUGGAGAUGAGGGUAUUCUCCCUGUGCGUCUACAGAUGCCAAAAGAGCAGCGGCCCCUGCUGGAGCAGGAGUCCCUUCUGUAUCUGGGGCCGUCUCUGGGUCUGGCUCCCCAGCAGACCUUGGAGCUCAUGUGCCUGCUUGGAGUGGCACUAGGCCUGGGCGCCGUGCUGCUGGAGCCCCUGAGAGACAGUCUGAUCUACCUCUGCCUGCAGGCCCUCUACCUUUCACUCUAUAAUGUCGGUGGAGACUUCCUCCACUCCAAAUGGGACGUGCUGCUGUUGGAGGCUGGGGUUCUGGCUGUGCUUGUAGCUCCGCUGGGUUUGCUGCGCCGUCACUCCUCUUACAGUUAUCAUGACCCUGUGAGCUUCUGGUUGACCCGUUGGCUGUUUUUCCGGCUGACCUUCUGCACAGGUGUGAGUAAGCUGGCCAGCGGCGACCCUACGUGGUAUGACCUGUCAGCACUGAGUCAUCAUUUGGAGAACCAGAUGAACCCCACUCUUUUGGCCUGGUACGUCCAUCAGCUUCCUGAUUGGCUGCUGAGAUUAGGAGCAGUGGUUGUGUUGCAGAGCGAAAUCACUGUUCCUCUUGUGACAUUCUUUGCUCCCAUUCGGCGUUUGAGACUGUUCGGCUUUUAUGUUCAGCUGUUUCUCCAGCUCUGCUACAUCCUCACUGGUAACUGCAGCCUUCUGAACCUGCUGAGCAUCACCCUAAGCUUCUCAUUGCUGGAUGAUGAUCAUUUCAACUCCAAUUCUGGUCCAAAGAAGAAGGGCCAGGAAAAAAAGCCUAGAAGCUACGGACAGGCCUUGGUCUCUUAUUUGACGCUGCUGAUGGAGUUGGCUGUCUACCUGUUCAUCCUGUACUGUUUUAUUACUCUCUUUAAGAUACAGAUUAACUGGGAAGAAAAAACGCUGUCAUCCAAAACAAGUUUCAAUCAAAAGGGAUUUGAUGCGUUUCUGGAGGUUUUUCAGGAGCUCACUAUCUGGAUUGGUGUCCUGUCAUUCACCUGGGAAGCGGUGUCUGCCAUGCUCAAUUGUGUGUGCACACGAGGUAUUGCCAGCAAGCUCUGGUCUCUCCUUCAGUGGGCGGUCAUCACAGUGGCUGCUGCGGCCGUCUUUGCCCUCAGUGUGGUUCCAUACACAUCCAUGGCUGGCAUGUCAGUCAGUAAAGUAUUACCUGCAGUGCGAGACGCGUACAGAGCCGUAGAGAGGUACCAGCUGGUCGGGGCAUACGGCAUCCAGCACAGAUUGAUCUCUGCUGAGGGCAGGCCUGAGAUCAUUUUAGAGGGCAGCUAUGAUGGGCUGACAUGGACGGAAAUGAACCCUAUGUAUAAACCAGGAAAUGUGAAUGCAGUCCCACCCAUAGUAGGACCUCACCAGCCACGGCUGGAGUGGCUGAUGUGGCAGGCAGCUCAAGGGGGGGAUGAUACAAGCCCCUGGUUUACAGGUCUCAUACAGCGCCUCCUACAGGGUAAACCCGAGGUGGUUAGUCUGCUUCAGGUGGAUGAAGCGCAGUACCCCUUUAGUCAGAGACCACCAGCUCUAAUCAAAGCCAAGCUUUAUAACUACCACUUCACAGAUCCUGCUAAAGACAAGACCCAUCUGCAGAACUGGUGGAGGCGGCAGUACAAAAAGGAUUUUUUCCCCAUUGUGAACCUCGAUGACCCCACGCUUAAGAAACUGUUAGAGGAGUCUGGACUGAAGGAGAAAUUCCCAGUUCAGCCCGGUUCUGACACGCCUGUAUCCCAAGUUCUUAGCCUCAUUCGGGGUCACGUCAAAGGCCUCUCGGGGUCCCUCGUGCUUUCAACACUGUUAGCUACUUUAGCUGGCAUCUUCCUCAUCAAAGCCGUCUUCUCCUGGGCUUUAGGGAGCCGAAAACCUAGACCAGCUUCAGCUGAUCACAAGCCUAGGAAACCCAAAGAGCCCUCUGAGAUGGCGGAGAAAAGCCAAGCACCAGCUACAUCUAACCGGGGCAGCAAGAAGGACUCCAAUGAAAAAAAGUACUCUGAGAGGAGCCCCCGCAAGAGGAAAUGAGCUCUUGCUGUCACUUUGUGCCUUUCUCUUUGGCCAUAUCCAAUGACACAUGAUUCUCUCUCUCAGGUGUACAUUUUUUUUUUUUCUUUCUAAGAUUGAGUCUUUGAUUUUCCUGCCUGUCACACACCUCAGAUUUGUGUUACCACUACACCGUUUUAUCUCUUUGUGCCAAAACCACUCAGUCAAAUGCACAGAACUUGAUGUAAUUGGCUUUGAAUGUUAACAGAGUCCAUUUUAAGCUAUCACCUGUUACACCCUCAUUUAUACACCUUGGACGUCCCAAAGAUUAGAACAAAAGCACAAAUGCAAUUUUUUUCAUGCUAUUUAACGCAUUAAACGGAUGUUGGUCAAUUA